GCACUUGGAUUUGGCUCCUUCAUUUCCAACAUGGAAGAAACUUACGUCGAUACCCUGGACCCUGAAAAGCUGUUACAAUGCCCCUAUGAUAAAAACCACCAGAUCAGGGCCUGCAGGUUUCCUUAUCAUCUUAUCAAGUGCAGAAAGAAUCAUCCUGACAUCGCAAACAAACUAGCUACUUGUCCCUUCAAUGCUCGCCAUCAGGUUCCUCGGGCCGAAAUCAGUCAUCAUAUCUCAAGCUGUGAUGACAAAAGCUGUAUUGAGCAGGAUGUAGUCAGCCAAACCAGGAACCUUGGACAAGAGACUCUGGCUGAGAGCACAUGGCAGUGCCCUCCUUGCAAUGAAGACUGGGAUAAAGAUUUGUGGGAACAGACCAGCACCCCAUUUGUCUGGGGCGAAGCCAACUACUGUGGCAACAACAGCCCCGCAAGCAACGUAGUUAUGGAACAUAAGAGUAACCUGGCUUCAGGCAUGCGUGUUCCCAAGUCUCUGCCAUAUGUUCUGCCAUGGAAAAACAAUGGAAAUGCACAGUAACUGAGUAUCUAUCUCAAAUGCAAGACCCUAGAAGACUCUUUGCUGCUUCCUGCUACAGUGGGUUCUUCAUUUUUUUCUCCUAAUCUAAUUAUAGAAAGAUAAAUUGUCUGUGACUU